AGAAGCGCUGCGGCGGGCGGCUGUGAGGCGGAGCGGGGCUGCUCCCCAUGGUCGCUGUGUGGCCGCCUCCGUCCCCUCCUCCGUCCCCUCCUUCCCUUCCUUCUCCCCCCUGAGCUCCUGAGGUGCCGCCCCUGUUCCUCGCGUGGUCCCGGCGAGGCCGGGCUGUCGCCCCGUGUUCCCUCAGGGGCGCUGCCCGCCGGCCACCAUGUUUGUGCUGGUGGAGAUGACUGACACGGUGAGGAUCCCCCCCUGGCAGUUUGAAAGGCAGCUGAACGAGUCCAUUGCUGAAGAGCUAAACAAGAAAUUGGCCAACAAGGUUGUAUACAAUGUUGGUCUUUGCAUCUGUUUGUACGAUAUUACAAAACUGGAAGAUUCAUACAUAUUCCCUGGAGACGGGGCAUCACACACCAAAGUGCAUUUCCGCUACGUGGUCUUCCAUCCCUUCCUGGAUGAGAUCCUGAUCGGGGAGAUUAAAAGCUGCAGUCAGGAUGGCGUUCACGUUUCUAUUGGGUUCUUUGAUGAUAUUAUCAUCCCACCGGAAUCCCUGCAGCAGCCAGCUAAGUUCGACGAGGCAGAGCAGGUGUGGGUGUGGGAAUAUGAGACCGAAGAAGGGGCCCACGACCUUUACAUGGACAUCGGGGAGGAGAUCCGCUUCCGAGUUGUGGAUGAGACGUUCGUCGAUACAUCUCCCACAGGUCCGAGCUCUGCAGAGGCUUCCACCUCAAGCGCCACAGAAGAAGUGCAGAAGAAGGAGGCACCCUACACUCUUGUGGGGUCCAUCAGCGAGCCGGGCCUGGGCCUCCUGUCGUGGUGGACGAACAGCUAGCUGCAGCCAGCCUGCUCUGCAGCGAGGCUUCCCGCUGGGGAUUUGGGGGUUACGGGAUCCUGCUGCUGCUCCUGGGAAGCUGAUCGAGAAACCAGAGCUGCCAUCCUCUGCUUCCCCGUCAGCUUCCAGCCCGCCAGAUCAAGACAGUCGCUUUCAAGAAACGCCUUCACUGAGCGGGAGAAAUGAAUUUACAGGGACAAAAAGGCCUGAGCCCAGCUGGGGCUUUGGUCUCCUGCCCUGGAGGGAAAACUGGGGAGGUCUUUACUCGCCUGAGCUAUGAAGGGAGUUGGACGUCAGUGAGUGAAAGCGGGAGAGAAUGCUUGUCUAGAAGCAUCGCUUCCUCGGGCUGACAGCUUGAUCCCAGAGGGGCAGAAUCCUGCCCUUUUCACAGGAGCUGGAGGAGAAACCCCAAAAGACUGGCGCUGAGAGGUGUGCUGCUGUGGAGGCUGGAAAGUGCUGCUGCUGGGGGAGAGGGGAAGUUGUGGUAUCAUUCUGCUGAGUGGGAACUCAAUGCAUGGGUCCGCCAAAGAGAACUGGAAUGAGAUCAGUUUACCCCAAAGCAACUCGGGCUUUAUGAAGAGGACCACUGCAGAAAGCUGCAGGCUGCUUGUGGUGACGGGAAAUACUGUACCAGGAGGGCUGUAUUUGUGUAGGAGGGGUUCAACCGUGCUGGAGUUUGAAAAUGCGUAAUUAUGAACUGAAAUGGACCAGUGUUACUUGAAGCAAGUUAAAUGUGUUUGUGGGAGUGGGUUAAUACCAGAAAUGGAAUAAAUAGUAAAAACCCCA